AUGGAACUUAUUGACUUCAACAGAUUUGUGUGGCGCACUGAUGACAAAAUACCGGGCCGCUACCUCCGAGAGGCGGGAGGCGGAGAAGUCAUCGAAGACAUGUGGAAGCUCACGAAGCACGGAGAGCAGAACCUCUUUCUCGGAGUAUACGCCGACUUAUCUACCCCACUCGAAGCCGACUCUCUAUUCGACCACGUCCGGAAAGCCUGGAAGUCACUUCGCUGGGAGGUGCCCACACUGGCAGCGACGACCUCUCAUGUUUGGCACGAGGAUAAACCGCCAACAACGUUUAUAGUCUACGACGUCGGGAUAUCUGACGUGGACGUCGACCUAUGGAUCAACGAGACCGUGGAGAUGCACCUGGAGUAUAAGGAUAGAACGCUCGAUGACCUUCGGUAUGACUUCGGCCAAGUGCCGAUCCCCGUUAACGACUACGACCGGCAGACCUUCCUCUAUCUAGUCCCAUACUCGCCAACAAAGUUCGGUCUCCUCAUUCGUACCGCACACACGACGUUUGAUGGCGCGGGCAUCAAGAUCCUGAUGACGAAACUCUUGAUGCAUCUUGAGAAGUAUGUUAGUGAUGCCACCGAGUACACUCGGGAGCAGGAUGCGCUGAUGCGGUGGGGGACUGAGGGAGAACGCCUUCUCCCCAUAGUCACGGAGAUUUUACGGAAGCACGAGCCGGCGGUCGUGGACGAUCGAGGAGUCGUGCUCGUGAAGGAGUUGCCUGCGGAAGUGCGGGAGGGGAAAGAAUAUUUCGAAUGUUUGGCGGACGUGAUGAAUGGGCUUGUGUCGGGUAUUCCGCGAGCUCACCGCUUCAAGUCGUUCAUUGAACCCCCGUUCGACUCGAAGACAACGAUGCCAAAGACCCGUCGCCUUCAGCACACCUUCACGGUCGAAGAGUCGAAGAAGAUACAGGCCGCAGGAGCCGUGCCGGACGAUCCAAUCCAGAAGCUAACGGUGAAUCACCUUGUUCUUGGAGCUCUGUGCCUCCUUCCCCUCAUCGACAACCCGCCACCACCAAACACAGACGCACUCGUCUUCUACUAUGGCCUUGUCGACGGGCGCCCACGGCUUGACAAGAAGUAUAGAGGUUCGCUUGAUUAUCCCGGCUACUGCCUCGGAAUGUCGGGGCUGCACAUUCCCGCGUCGAUAUUCCACCAGCAUCCUAUCGAGGACAAGAAGGCACUCGUUCUCGAUUUUGCGAAGGCCGUCAAGAAAGAAUACGCGAAACAGGCAGCUUAUACUUCAUUGGUCGCUAUUGAGCCCCAACAAGGCGACUUGAUGAUGAACGGGCCAGCACCCCCGCCAUGGUCAGGUCCUUUGUACUCUGCGGAUGGGAAAGGGGCCGUGUACCUCCAUCCUCGGUAUCCUGCAGAAGGCAAACCGGUAAUCGAGAUUACGGACUUUUUCUUGGGUCUGAACAAGUGCGAUCCAGGACCGUUUUUCCGUUGCAGCGAGUGGAGAGGGAGGAUUAUGUUAAGCGUCGACUUCAACGAACUUGCGGUGGACGUGAAUGUAGUCCAAGGAUGGAUGAAUUUAUGGGCCGAGUUGCUUUUGAGCGUCGCUGUUGAAGAAACUGGUAGGGACUACAUAAGACCCGGACAGGAUGAAGUUCGCCAGGGCUCUCGAUCCUCCUUUUGGUCUUGUGUGUGCAUGUAA